CACACACACACACACACACACACACGGAGCUGGUUCAGUUUUUGAAGCCGUGGCAUGAAUGAUCUCAUCUGAGGCUGAUCUCCGCUCCUCCUGCCGUCGAUCUUAUGACCGAAACAGGAGUAAAAUAACACGGACACGAGAGACACAACAUGUUCCCGAAGGGCACCAAGCGCAAGUUCUCUGACUCCGGGGAGGAGCCAGUCUCCAGUGGCGACCAGAUCCCGGCGGCUUCAGCUGCGGCGGCGGCGGCGGCUCGGACGCUGACGUCCUCUUACAGCCUUCAGCGGCAGUCACUGCUUGACAUGUCGCUCAUCAAGCUGCAGCUGUGCCACAUGCUGGUGGAGCCCAAUCUGUGCCGCUCGGUGCUCAUCGCCAACACGGUGCGGCAGAUCCAGGAGGAGAUGACCCAGGACGGCACCUGGCAGAUCAUGACCCAGGCUCUGGCGGCCGCCCAGUGUCCUGCAGACCGGCUGGUGGCCACAGAGGUGCUGUGUCGGCAGACAGAUGCGGCGGCGCAGGCCGGGCAGAGCCCAAAGCCUUUCUCGGUGGUCGGCCUGGAGGAAGGCUACCACGCUGAGGAGGUGGUGAUGGAGGGAGAUGUAGAGACGGAGGUCACCAUGUCCACUCUGUCGCCCGUCUCCCCCCAGCUGUCCUCGUCCUCUUACCUGGCAGGACCAUUUGGCAUGGGGCCCUGCUGGGAGGAGGAAGAGGAGGACGGCGAGUGCGAGGAGGACGAGGAGGAGGACAGCGAGGAGUGUGUGUCCGAGGGAGAGGACGGAGAGCAGGACCACCUGAGUGCAGACUCCAGGACAGGGGAGCAGGUUUUUGGGACCUUUGAGAUCAAGCACCCAGCUCCACCCCCUGACCCGGCGCUGGACGAACUGUUUUCAGACGUGGACCCGUCCUACUAUGACCUGGAUACGGUGCUGACAGGUAUGCAGAGCGCCCCCAAGAUGGGGCCAUACGACCUGCUGGAGAGCCUUUCGUCUCACGGGCCCACAGCACUCAGCUCCAGCUCCAGCUGCAGGUCGGACCUGAACGAACUGGACCACAUCAUGGAGAUCAUAGUUGGCUCCUGAGAGCCGGGACGGUCCUGCGGCCCGCGCUGACCCCUCAGACUCUUCAGACUAUGCACAGUACAUGUGUGCAUGUUCUGUAUGUGCUGUUGUUACACGCUGAGACGGGUGGAGGUUUGACACAGGGUGGGAAACUGACGGCGAGACACGUUUUGGGACUGGCUGUUAGAGGCGGAGUUAACCUGCUCCAACUGUAGCCCCUUUUCCACUGCACAGAGAGCACACCAACACCUGACCAACACCUGCUAACAUCUGCUAACACCUGACCAACACCUGCUAACAUCUGCUAACACCUGACCAACACCUGCUAACACCUGACCAACACCUGUUUACACCUGACCAACACCUGACCAACAUCUGCUAACACCUGACCAACAUCUGCUAACACCUGCUAACACCUGACCAACAUCUGCUAACACCUGACCAACACCUGACCAACAUCUGCUAACACCUGACCAACACCUGACCAACAUCUUCUAACACCUGCUAACACCUGACCAACAUCUGCUAACACCUGACCAACAUCUGCUAACACCUGACCAACACCUGCUAACACCUGAUCAGCAUCUGCUAACACCUGCUAACACCUGACCAACAUCUGCUAACACCUGCUAACACCUGACCAACAUCUGCUAACACCUGACCAACACCUGACCAACAUCUGCUAACACCUGAUCAACACCUGCUAACAUCUGCUAACAUCUGGCCUUUUAAUGUAACGAGAAAGGUUACAAUCAGUGUUCACUCCUGGGUCACAUGACUCUGCAGUGGUCAUCAGUAUUUAUUAGCUCCAGUCAUUAAUGUAAAACACAACGCCUGGGUGAACGCGCUAAUUUUAGCCCCUUAACCGGCGAGAUGCAACAACAUGCCACCACAAAAUAUGGUCUGUCUCCGCCCAGCAGUGCUCAGACAUUGAUGUGUACGAGUCUGCACUGAGUGUGAGAGACAGACUGAAUCCACAGUAAAAUUUGUUUUCCUGUAGUCUCAGCAUGUUUACUGUUUACCUGUUCUUUGACCUGUCUAUGACAUUGACAUGACAUGCCAAAAAAAGGCGCACUGAUCUGCUGCAGAGUUGACAGUGGGACACAAGUCUAUCUCCUGUUUUAAAGAGGACUUCCUGUGUUUAAAAAACGGAUGUAGACGCAGUAAUCCAGGUGUAACAGGUGUGUCAGCAGGUGUUGGACCUCCAUCUUUGACUUUCUAACAGUCACAGUGUCGACGGUGAUGUGAACGAGUCCGUUAGUUUCCCACCCUGUUGUUUGAACCCAAACUCUGUCACUGUGUGAGAGGGCGAAGAUAAUUAGUAUCCCAUGAUGCAUUCUUCUUUACGUUGUCUCCAUGUUUACGUCUGUCCAUCUAUAUUUAUUGUCACAUGGACUGAGGAACACCUGGUCAUGGUCACACUACAUCACACGCAGAACAAAGUGUAAAUGAAAUCUAUGAGUGAAGAUAUUUUCCUACAGAUGUGAGCAGUUAUGAUGGAGUCUAUGGAAAUGUACCUACCUGUAAAUACAAAUAUAUUUUUUGCAUUAUACAGCAGCGGGGGGAUUUUUGCAAGUAUCAUUUGAUAUUCUUCUUGUUUUUAUGUUUCCUCCCUGCUCAGCGGUUUUUAAGAUUUUAAUGUAGCCAGACAGGAGCGAGACGGCGUCUUCCUGUGGUUUGGUAUCUGACGGGUGCGGCGACAUCGUCACACGUUCACAUUCUCUAAAGCUUUACACGCAGGACGGACACCUGUGAGGACGUGUCCUCUGUCCUCUGUCCUCUGUCCUGCUUUACAUUCACACCUGAUGACCUGAAGCAUUUGGAGAAACCCCGGGGUGAUAAUAUUAAUAAUAAUAAUUACUGCAUCAACAAGCCAUAUUUCUUUCUGUGCAGAUGAAGACUUCUGUCCUAAUUUAUUGUUUUUAUUUAUUGUAUUUAUUCUCUCCAGGUACACACCAUGCCAUAGUAUUGGUUAUUGAUCAGCAGGCCCCAUCAAAUUGUCCAAAUGAAUCUGCAGUGUUUCCUCCUCAGCUCUUUAUUAUUAGUAAUAAUUAAUAACCGGGUUGUUCCAGUCUCUAUGCAGCUCUGUCAGACGUGUUUGAUUGAUUGUAGACGACUCUAAUGUCCUUUAAGUCCUUUUAUGCAAACAGUUGCCUUUCUCCUGAAGAUGUGGAAGAUGAGACCUGGUUGGUUACCACGGUGAUGAAGAGAUGAAACUCAGGCUAACACACACACACACACACACACACACACACACACACACACACACAGUAUUACCACACGCUGAAUCCCGUAACACCACAACAACACUCCUGAAGGAUGUCACUCUGGUCUGAAUGGGAGCUAGAACUUCAAAGACUAAUUACCUUGUAAAAUGUAUGCAUUUUUUAUAUCCAGGAAAAAUUACAAAACCAUUGUAGCAUCUUUGUAAAUAUUUUUUAUAAUAAAAGGUGCAACUAUC